UAUCCGCAAGGGGUCAGUGUACAGUCGGCGAAUAUGAAGAAGUAUUCGUUGUAAAGAGGAGGAAGAGCGAUGGAGAGGAUAUUUGAUCAGAAACGUCAAAAUAUAAAUAUGUCGAGCGAAAGUUUAAGGAAAAGAUAUCCGUUGCAUUGGCUCGUUUGGUAUAACGAUUACAGUAAUUUAGAUACGGAACUGCAGAAAAAUGAACAUGACAUUGAACUUAAAGAUCCAAGAGGUAGAACUCCUUUAAUGUUGGCAGUGACAUUAGGCCAUUUAGAAUCCACCCGUGUCCUUCUGAGGCAUCAUGCAAAUGUAAAUACAGAAAAUAAAGAAGGUUUCACAGUUGUACAUGAAGCAGUAAGUACUAGUGAUCCUGAAUUAUUACAAGUUGUUUUAGAAACCAGAGAUCUACAAAGGUAUAGCAGCAGAGUUGGUGGCAUACCGGAACUACUCAAAAGGAUUCGUGAUACUCCUGACUUUUAUGUAGAAAUGAAAUGGGAAUUUACUAGUUGGGCUUACAAGCCAUGCAUUGCCAAUCAUCAUUAAUGUAUUGUUUUCUGCAAAACAACUUUGAACUUACUGAUAUAUAUGCAGGCUAUAAAUUUUGUAAAUUUCAUCAAUACUACUAAGGUUUUAAUAAUUGGAGAAGAACAUCGUUGUACACUGUGUGUGUGUGUGUAUUCGUACAUAUGAUAUUUUGAGAUUUACCCACCAAACAGCAAGAGCAUCUAUAAGUGAAAAUAAAAAGAAAAUGUUGAGCCGUGCCUGUAAAGUUAAGAUACAUUGCAUAUAAGCAGAAAGCUAAUGUUUUGGUGUGUAUGUUGACAGCAGUCGAUUUGACCUUCAAUCUUUUUGCAUUCUUUUUGCAGUCAUUUGUCAUUGUUACAUUAAGUGUGGUUCAAGUAGCACAUGUUUACAAUGGCUGUGCCAAUUCAAAAUUCCUCCAGAUAUGAAGUGAACUUCAUCAUAUGUUUUCUCAAUGCAAAAGGUGAGCAUCUGGUGGAUAUUCACAAUCAAAUUGUUUCUGUUUAUGGAAACAUUAUGAAUCGACCAAAUGUAAGAAAGUGGUGCCACGCAGGAGUGAUGUUCAUGACAAACAUGGGAGUGGUAGGCUAUCUGUGAUCUCUGAUGAAUUUUUUUCAAAGAAUUGAGGAAGCAAUUUGUGCAAAUUGGUUUCUUGCAAUGAGAAUUGCUUGAAGUCAUUCCAGAAUGUCUAAGUUCUUGCAAUGAGAAUUGCUUGAAGUCAUUUCAAGAAGCUGUGAUGCUACUUGAACAAUUCAAGUGGGAAGUUUUUGACCACUUGCUCUACAUCCCAGAUCCUGCUUCCAGUGACUGUUUCUUUAUCUGAAGAAACAUCUUACAGGACAACACUUCCAUGACAAUGAUGAGAUUAAAAUAAAGUUGGAAUGUGGUUCUGGCAGCAAGUGGUAGAAUUCUGCGACUCUGGGAUACAGAAGCUAGUACCCAGACUUAACAAUUUUUGGACAAUGGCAACAAUUACUUAGAAAAAUAACACACGUACCAGUAAAUAAGGUAUAGUGGACAUUUAGUCAAAUAAAAAUGUUUUGAAUGAAUACUAGCCAUUGUAUGUUUACUUUUUGGACAGGUCACAUAUAUGAAGUUUGACUAGAAAUUCUUUUUUUUGCAUAAUUAUAAAUAAAUAUUAAGUACAGUAAUACCUCAACUUAUGCAAACCCGGAGUUAAGCGAUUUUCAAAACUUGUUGAUUCGUCUUUUGUUUGAGUGCCAAGCAACUCUUGAUUACUCACUCCCCCCACACUGUUGUUCAGCUUAUGUGUUCGGACUUGUCGUGCGGAAUUGACACAUAGCUACAAUUUAUUUUGUGUUAUUUAUUUCUGUGUUUGUUAUAUCUACAGAGACUCGAGAGACUCUAUGUGGUGAUUUCUUGUAAC